CAUCACCUCCUCCAACGCACCCCAGGCUUCCUAGUACUGAGCACAAAGGAAGCCAACUGUGUUAGCAUUUCCUGUCGCUCACUGGAGGCCAGCGGUGCUGGCCACCAUGGUGCUCCCGGGGCUGCUGCCCGGAGCCUGCAGGACUCCACUCAUCUCCCUGCUUCUCGUCUGCUGUCUGCUGCCCCCAGGUGCCCCAGGACAGAAGUUCCCGCUGAAGGUGGAGGUCCAGAGCCCCGUGGUGCCUGCCGGGGGGUCCUUCUUGGUCAACUGCAGUACGGAUUGCCCCAAUCCCAACCUCAUCGCCCUAGAGACAUCCCUAUCCAAGGAACCUGUGGGCAAUGGCCUGGGCUGGGCAGCCUUCCAGCUCUUCAAUGUGACUGGUGACACCCAGGUCCUCUGCUCUGGCUUCUGCAAUGGUGUUCAGAUGAUAGGCUUCUUGAUCAUCACAGUGUACCGGUUCCCGGAGCGAGUGGAGCUGUUACCCCUGCCCCGCUGGCAGCCCGUGGGAGAAAACCUCACCCUGCGCUGCCAGGUGGCAGGCGGGGCGCCUCGGAGAAACCUCACCGUGGUGCUGCUCCGCGGGGAGGAGGAGCUGAGCCGGCAGCCCGCCGUCGGGGAGCCCGCUGAGGUCACCGUCACGGUGCUGGCGGGCAGAGACGACCACCGCACCAAUUUCUCCUGCCGCACGGAACUGGACCUGAGGCCCGGAGGGCUGGGACUGUUCCAGAACAGCUCGGCCCCCAGGCAGCUCCAAACCUUUGCACUGCCCGUGACCACUCCACACCUCACUGUCCCUCGGUUCUUGGAGGUAGGAACGACUUGGUCCGUGAACUGCACCCUGGACGGGUUGUUCCCCGCCUCUGAGGUCCAGGUCCACCUGGCGCUGGGGAACCAGACGCUGAACUCUACAGUCGAGAGCCACGAGAACACGAUCACAGCCACAGCCACAGCCACAGCAAGCAUGGAGCAGGAGGGUGCCCAGGAGAUUGUCUGCAACAUGACAUUGGCGAACGUCAGCUGGGAGGCCCGGGAGAACAUAACCAUCUACAGCUUCCAGGGGCCCAUCCUAAACCUGAGUGAGCCCAGCGCCCCCGAGGGGACCGCAGUGACUGUGACUUGCUUGGCCGGACCCCGAGUCCAGGUCACGCUGGAUGGAAUUCCAGCUCCGGCCCCUGGACAGCCUGUCCAGUUUCAGCUAAACGCCACCGAGACAGACGACAGGCGCAUUUUCUUCUGCAGUGCGACCCUCCAGGUGGAUGGGGAGAUCUUACACAGAAACAGCAGCGUCCUGUUGCGUGUCCUGUAUGGUCCCACGAUUGACCAAGCCAAAUGUCCUCAACGCUUGACGUGGAAAGAUAGGACUAUCCAUGUCCUGCAGUGCCAGGCUCGGGGCAACCCGGACCCCACGCUGCACUGUUUCCAGGAAGGCUCCCGGCUCGAGGUGCCCAUCGGGAUCCCAUUCCUCGUCAGGUUAAAUCAUAAUGGAACGUACUCCUGCAAGGCGGCCAGUUCACGAGGCACACACACUAUAACCGUGGUGAUGAACGUUUGGGAUCGGAACGCCCGCGCCGUCAGCAUCGUCCUGGGGGUGUUAGCGGUCCUGGGCGUGGUGACGAUCUGCGCUGCCUUACUGUACGUCUUCGGGGUCCAUAGGCAUAGUGCCAUCUACCAUGUGAACCAGGGGAGCACUUCGUUGCCCCUGACGUCUAGGCAGCCCGAGGAGGCUGUGGGGGAGGAUCCAUCCUGAACCUCCAGCUGGGGGAAUGCUGGACCAAAGACGAUGGGGGUUUGGCUGUAUCCCCGGAUUCCGCACCAAUAAAGCUCUCAAAAUCCGGA